AAUUUGUCCAGAAUUUCGAGUUGGUUACUGAAGAGCUUAUCAAUACAAUAAAAGCUUCGGAACCCAUUGACAAUUCUCAAAUAAAAUUAUAUGAUAUUAAAUGGAUGCUGUUUCAUCAUCUGACUUCUUUCUUCGAGAUAUGCAAUUAUGCUCUGAUCGGAUUUGGGCUUUUAAAUGAAACACUAAGUGUCAAACAUAAGAAAUCUGGUCUAAGAGCAUUGGCCCAAAAAGUUCAAAAUAUGUCUUUGACAAUAAAGAACCACCUUACAUCUUUAAAAAAACAAUUAAGUUGCUUGAAAGAACUUUUUAAAAAUGAUGUCGAAGAUAGUGAUCAAAUUUUGCUUUACAUUAAAUCUGAACCACAUGUUGAGUUUUGCGACGAGGAGGAAAGUAUACCGCUUAUUAGAGAAAUUUUAGGUAAGAUUAAAACAAAUUGGCAAAACAACAUUUUGAAUAUGAUUAAAGAAAUAGAAAGUAAAGUUGAAACAACUGAAAAAUAG